GAAAGUAAAAGUGUUUCGUGGCCCAUUGCCCAGUUUCAUUUCUACUGUAACAGUAACUCAGGAAGUAUAAAGGCUCCUCGCAGGCAAACACAGCUCAGAACCGAGGAAAGCCAACUACUGAAGGAUGAUGUCGGGAGGACUUGUGCUUUGCUAUGCUGCUCUGCUUCUCUCUCUCACCUGCGUCUGCGCCAUCAAGAAGCUAAACUCCAUCAACGAUUUGAAAAAAGUCGACUUUGGCCGAGCUGUGCCCAAACACAGCCUACUGCUGCUCCACUGGUUUGCAAACACGAUUGACAUUGACAACAACGAUGUCAUACGACUGACUUUUGACCCAAACCUUGGAGCAUAUGGCUCACAUCACUAUGGAAACUAUGAGAGGCUGUUGAACCCGCUGCCUCAAGGAAAUAGUAGAUGUCGCUACUACACCGUUGGUAAUGUCUACCAAGGCCAAACACAGCUUCCCAAUUAUGUCCUCCAUCCACCAAGUGAGGAAUCUAGGGGAAGAAACCGGGACCGGAUCAUAUUCCGAGUGAGGGAGCACAACACAGGACGGCAAGCUAGCGAGACAAUAGAUGAAGUCUACAUCACGCAGCAUUAUGAAAACUCAAAUGAGGGGACACGUUACGAUCCUGUCUAUACAUACCAGAUCACAACCAACCUCCUAAGGCAAAUCAGAGAGUUUUCAGUGGAAGAAAACCAAAGCAACUCAUUGAUGGAGCUCAGAGAAGACUUUGGAAGCAACAUAAACGAUUCACAGUUAAGGUUCCUCAAAAUCACAUGGCGUGAACUUGCUUGCAUUGGACUGCUGAUGUUUAUUGUCUUGGAGGAAAAAUACUACCAACACAACAAACCUCGCCCUGCAGAAAAAAGAAACACACAGCCUCAUUCAGUCAUCAACCUUCAAGACUACAGAGAAACACAUCAUGAUGCUCCACAAAGCUUGCGUGAACUAUUUGUUCAGGACCAUAUUCAACUUGAAGUGACAACUGGAACGAAUGGAAGAGCUGGGAUUCUUUGGCAGUGUGUUCCUGAAGACCGCCUAAAGCAACGUGUCAUGGUGGUACUGUAUAAGGACAAUAAUGAUGAGAAAGCAUUGUAUUCUAAAGUGAUUGAUAGAGAUAAUGGCCAUGUCGACACCUCUGUACUCCUGAAUGUUGGCCUCCAGGCUCGGCUCCAUAAGACGAGGAAAAAGUACUGUUUCUGGACAGUAGCGGCUGAGGAGAUAUGCAGAGGAGUUGAGUUUAGAAAUCCAGAAAAAGUUAGAGUACAUGGCUACAACGCAAGCCUACAACUAUUUGUGAAGGACGGAAAGGCUUGUGCUCGCUUAUUUGUGAACAAGUCAUUUAGAGAUUGGAAGUCAGAGUUUAAGAGAUCAUGGGUCGGGUUCUACAACAAUGUAAAUAAACCCACUCAAGAAUAUAAAUGGUGGCAAUGGCAGUGGGCCACAAAAUUUAAACCGACGUCCACUCUUGACCCCAUUCAUGAUGUUUAUGAGUACCACUCAGGCAUGGCGGUCGCCCCAGGAGUCCAAGCAAGAUUCAUUCUCAAGAAUGACAUUGUUUUGGCUCACACAACAAGCUGGAGGUGAUCACAAAUUCCAAAUAUUUCAUGAAAGUCAGAAAACUGCAUUAAAUCACAAUACAAUUCUAUCAGUUGAUGUGAACACUAUCUAUUUGCAUCAAUAAGUUGCUAAGACAAUUGCUAAAAAAAAAAAAAACUACUGUACAUCAUUUAAAGUUUGAUUCCUUGGCUGGGGGGAGUUUGGGGAAAUAAAAAAAAAAAAAAUAAAACAUUAAAAUUAAAAAAAAACUUGGACUAUUCUUACUGAGCAGUGAAGGUGCUCUUGAGCAAGGCACCAAGCUCCUCAAAGACUAUAUUCACACUGCAGUUCAAUUCAGAUUUUUUUGCCCAAUGUGACACGUACCUGAUUUUUCAUGUUCAUGUGAACAGUAAAAUUCCUUCAUCUGACAUGUCAUCAAAAGGUGAUAAACUAUCACAAUUGUUCAACAAAACAGACACAUGCGACAAGCAAUUGCUGACAAAGAUGAAGAAGAAAAAAAUCAGGCGAAAAGAAGACACUUUAGAACUGAAAUACUGUAUAUGGGGGGACCAGUCAGGAGUUGCGCAACAUGACUGCGCAACACCUGUUUUGUGUGCAUGCGUGUCACUUCACGGAGACAUUCCAUUCACAGUACAAGUCAUAUUUGUUUUUGUAAUGUGAAUGACUACAAGAAAAGAUCGGAUUUAACAAAAAAUCCGAAAUGGGAAUCAUGUGUGAACGUAGCCAAAUUGCCUUUGGCAUGUGACACCACUAUCUUGCCACUAGCUACCUUGCUCUUAUAGCACUCUUUUUCUGGCAUGUAUUUGUAAUCACUUUGUGCAUUUGUAUUGAUGUAAUUGUACAAUUUUAAAAAGAACAUUAAAAAAAAAUUAAAUAAA